ACGUCACCGCGCGAAACCAAGCCCACCCCACCACCUCCGCCUCCUUGAGCGCGCGCCAGCCGGCAGGCUCUGUGUUUGUGUGCGUGCGUGUCUGGUGAGCGCGAGGCAGGGUUUUUUUUUGUCUCGCGGGGGAAGCGUCCUGUUCUUCAGAGAGCUCACACACACACACACACACACACACAGGAGCAGCAGCAGCAGCAGCAACAGCGGCAGCAGCAGCAGCAGCAGCAGCAGCAGCGACAACAAAGCGGUUUAAACAGUGAAACCUUGUUCACCUCUUUAUCACAGCGGCACUUUGUCGCAUUGUUCGCCGCUGAACCCGGAGCGGCGGCGGCGGUACCAGUGCUGUUAUUACCCGCAGAAGUAAGCUAGCACCAUGGAGGAGCAGCUGCUGUGCUGCGAGGUGGACUCCAUCAGGAGAGCGUACCAGGACGUGAACCUGCUCAACGACAGAGUCCUCCACACCAUGCUGAAGGCAGAGGAGACCUACCUGCCGUCUCCAAACUACUUCAAGUGUGUCCAGAAAGAAAUAGUCCCCAAAAUGAGGAAAAUAGUGUCCACCUGGAUGUUAGAGGUCUGCGAGGAACAAAAAUGUGAGGAGGAGGUUUUUCCUCUGGCUAUGAACUAUGUGGACAGAUUUUUAUCAGUGGAGGCCACCAGGAAAACACGACUGCAGCUGCUGGGAGCCACAUGCAUGUUUCUAGCAUCCAAGAUGAAGGAGACAGUUCCUUUAACGGCAGAGAAACUCUGCAUCUACACAGACAACUCAGUCCAGCCUGGAGAACUCCUGCAAAUGGAGCUGCUGGUUCUCAACAAGCUGAAGUGGGACCUGGCUUCAGUCACGCCUCAUGACUUCAUCGACCACUUUCUGUCCAAGCUGAACAUUCACCUGUCCACCAAGCAGAUCCUGAGGAAACACGCCCAGACCUUUGUGGCGCUCUGUGCUACAGAUGUUAACUUCAUCGCCAGUCCUCCCUCCAUGGUCGCAGCGGGCAGUGUGGUGGCAGCUGUUCAAGGUCUCUACCUGAAGAGCCAAGAUGCCUCCCUGUCCUCGCAGAACCUCACCAACUUCCUGUCACAGGUCAUCCGCAGUGAUCCGGACUGCCUGCGCUCAUGUCAGGAGCAGAUCGAGUCUCUGCUGGAGUCCAGCCUCCGACAGGCUCAGCAGCACGGUGGAAUGACAGAAACCAAACGUGUGGACGAGGACGUGGACCUGUCCUGCACCCCGACAGACGUCAGAGACAUCAACAUCUGAAGCCACGCGCCCGCUGCAGCGCGCCGUGACCUGAUCAUACCAAGUUGUGGAUAGAGGUUGGUGAUGGGAGGCUCCCUCACCUCCUACCUUCUGGUCGGGCCACGAGCCUGACCCAACAUGUCACUCACAUGCACAUGCUUAGAAGGGACAGAGUGCCCCCUGCUGGCCCCACAACUAUAAACAACAAAGUUCCAUUUUGUGCCAUUGUCCCCUCCCAUCCUGGGAAAUGAAACUGUAGACAUGGUAUCACAGAGAAAGUGAGAGGAAACAUGGGCUGGAGAUAGUUUUCACCCUCAAAUAUUAACUAGGAAUAUUUUAAUUACCACAGACUGAACUUAGUCUGAAAGAGAAAAGACUCAUUUUACCUAGAAUGUUUUAGUCUGUCUGUUCAAACUCUCCCUCGUUUGUCUUGUUACGGUGCAGACAUCCAUUUAUCCCCGAUUGCUUAUGUUUAGUCACUUUAUUAUUAUGUUAUUUUAGACUUUCUGGUCAGUUUGUUUUUCAGAGCAUGUCUGGUGUGGAUGCUCUGACUGUGGUCUGCUGGUUGUGACUGUUGGGCAGACGACGCUCGGUGUUCAUUUGUUGACGACAUUGUUCACCUUGCUGCAGUUUGACCAGAUCAAACUGAAGCAGACGCAAACAAAGCAAUCUACAUUUCACGUGUCUUUCCUUUGACCCUAACACCAUUCCACCUUUUAUUUUUGUUUUAUAAAAAAAAGCACUUUUGGUCAGCUCUGCUGGCUCAUUUGAAAAAAAAAAAAAAAAAUCACAGUGAUUAAGUUUGUAAAAGAAGAAAAUAAAAUGGGAGUGUGAGCAGCAGGACACCAGCCCUGACACGAGUGUGUCACAUGGUCUGUGGUCACUUCCUGUCAGAGCAGUGAAUUCUUAGACUGAGAGCUGAAAAAGUCUAAACUGAGUUUUUAAUUCACAGAUUAUAGUCAGAUGGCAACAUAUAAACCAAUCAGGAAGCUUAUGUCUUCAACAGUCAACUUCAUCAUCAGUUAGUUCAGUUUGUGGUACAGAGGUUCAAACCCCGGUCAGUGUGGGUGGAGUCACACAGGUAGAGCCGCUCUUCAGUAAAUCUCAGCGUGCAGAAGGUCCACAAAUAAAUAUUAGAAGUAUUAUUUUUAUUGUCAAAGUAAUACUUUAUUUUCACAUAGUAUUAUUUAUUUUUUUGUAGCUUGGACGUUAUAGUUUGUCGACUGUGGCUCCACCCACUGAUGUUUUACUGUCUCCAGAGCCACCGCUGCCAGAAACACUUGUUCACGUUUAAGUCCAGAGCGCCGCUCCGCCUCAAACACGGCUUAUGGAUUCUGUGAUGGGGAUGAAGCUAACAGAAAAGAGGAGGGCUGAGACUGUCGACAUGAUUUUGCACAAACCUUAAACACAAGUGAAGAGGCAGCAGAAAGUGGCAGAGAAGGUUGAAGGCUCACGUCUGGAUUCCAGGACGAACUCAUCCGUCAAAUCAAGCUCGAGAGGAAACGAGGUUUCUGAUUGUACGUUAAGGAUGGAGAGUAGGAGAGAAACACUCCUUGUAUUCUGCUGCUAUAGAAAAUAAAUCCCAGCUACAUGUUUAAAUAGAUAAAUGAUUAAAAUCAAUGCUUUUCUCCUGUUUGCUGCUACAUUUUUGGAUGUUUUUUUUAUACAUAUAUAUGUCAAUAUACUGCCAUUCUAGGUUUGAAUUUUCUCAUAGAAAAUUGUAUUGACAUCCUCAGCUUUGAUGUAGAUUCUAUGUGAUGAGUUGUUUUUGUUUUGUUAUUGUGUUAUUGCCUAAUAUGAUUCUCCAUACUAUUCCCAAAAAGAUGAACUGAUGUACGGUAAUGCUUUGAUCCACAAUACCUCAUGUGACAGUCAAGAUCUCUCUCUGAUUUGUAGUGGUUUUAUUUGUUUAGCUCGGAUUCUUUUCUCCUUGUUGGUUCAGUGCCUGCGAGCGCUGUUAAACCUGCCCGAGGUGAAAGGGUGAGUCCAGGGCAUGCGUUCAUACUGGUGCCAUAACAGAAAAUGGGAUAUGUAUAACUCUGUUGAGUGUUAAGCUGUCUCGCUGAAAGAGACUUUAUCCCCCCUUUAGGCCCAUAGUGGCCUUCCUUCCUUCAUCCUUCCUUCAUUCCUUCCCUUUUUUAUAUUUAUAAAAGAGAAAAAAGCUUUUGCUCCAAGUUUGUUAUCGUCAGUGAGUUGAUUUGAGUAAGUAAAUAGAUUCAGUGUCAUGCUCGGUAAGCCAUAGACUGUUUUUGUUCUGUUUUUACAAAUCAUUCAAACACUUGUUUCUACUUCAAGCCAGUUGUUUGCAACUGGAAUAAACUCAAUACAAACAAUAAAACAUGUUGUAGAUUGUG